AUGGUUUUUGCUCGACUACCUUCUUUCUCACUACGUUAUCAGGGUAGUGGACGUCUUGAAGAUGUUCAUCUUUUUAUGACUUGCCUAUAUCGCUUUUGGUACUAUAAGGGAUUAUGGAGUACUUGUUUAGCCUCUUGUGUGGAUUUUCUUAAUAGUGUGGUGAUCUUUUUUGUGGUUUUAUUUCUCACAAUGAUGCUUGAUUGGCCUGUAGCAUUAACCUGUGAUGAAGUAAGUUGUGGAAAUUCUACUCUUGUACAUGGAUUACACUCACCUGCUCUUUUUGGUGUAGGACAUCUACUCAUUGCGUCUAUACUACUUUUAGCUACCUUUGUGGCUCUUUGUUAUGAGUUUCUAAAAUUUCUGGAGACGUGUUUUCUACAAAAAGAGUUAGAGAGUAUGUUAAAACCUAUUGUUGAUGGUGGGUAUCUCACACCUUUACAUCGACUAGUUCAUUUAUGGCGAGUUAUGCGGGCACGCUCUGAAGGACAUGAGGAAGUUCACCUUACAGGAGAUUUACCCUUUAUUGGUAAUAUGAGUUGGGGAAAUUUUUUGGAUACGGUAUGUGCAGAAAUACAACGAGAUCGAAAUUUUGGGGUUGUGGCUCAUCGUGAAUUUGACAGUCUUCGAGCUGUUCAAGCUCUUAUGGUAUAUGAUAAUUAUUUUAUUACUCUUUAUCAACACGGAAUACUUGAUCAUAAAACAUUAAAAUAUGCGGAUGAACGUCUUCUUAAAAUACUUCUUUGUGGUAUGUUUGAUGAAUUUAAUACGUUAGAUUCAGGAAAAGAUCAAAUUUCUCUAGUUCAAAGACAAGUAUUGAAAUAUUUUGUCUUUUAUACUUUAUUAUAUCCAUUUGUAGUAACUUUAUUUCUCCUUCGAGUUCUUGUUAAAAAUGCAGCUAUGAUGCGAUCAGAUUGGGGAAAUUAUAUUUCUAGAGACUGGAACAAUCGUGCCCGUUGUACUUUUCGAUUAUAUAAUGAAGUACCACAUAUUCUUUCUGCAAGAAUUUCAGCAGGAAGACAAACCGCUAUACAUAUGGUAGAACGAUUACAACCGUAUUCUCCUGGUACUCGUUUCAUUCGUCGAACAUCUUCAGCAAUUGUUUUUGUUACCGUGUUUUUAUCACUUCUUAAUACUUCAUUGCUUGUUUCUGGUUCUGUAGCUGGUAUUAGUCUUAUUUGGUGGCUUUCCAUAGCACUCAUAGCAUUUUCUAUUUGUUCAGGUGAUCCUCCUGUACAUCGUGAGUAUAAUUACGUUUCUGACCUUAAUAAGCUUAUUGAUGAGUUACAUUAUAGUCAGGAAAAUUGGUUAUUUUCUGGAGAUUCAUUUUACCAUGCAAUAACUUGGGAUUUCUUGAGAAGCCGUUUUUCACUUAUUCUUGGUGAUAUUAUUCGAACAUUAUUAAUGCCUUUUAUACUUAUUGGUAUAUUAUAUGAUGGAAGCAUACCUGCAUUUGUAGAUUGUAUUAACCAUUGUUCUGUUCGUGUGGAUGGUCUUGGUUCCGUAGCGAGAGAUUCCGUCUUUGACUACCAAGACCAAAGUGAAGAAGAACUUUCCCCCGGGAAACACUUUAACGAUAAGUGUGCUAAAUCUAUUGCAAGUUUCUGCUCUGUCUACGCUGGUUGGGCCAAACGGUGUAUGCUGGCCGCCGCGCCAACAAUAGAGGACUCGGGGGCCGCCAGCACUUCCAACGCUCUCUCGCAAUUCGUGUUGGAUCUGCACGAGCGGGUCGGCGGUCGGGCGGCGCCGUCGUUGGUGAGUGAAAGUCAAGCACCGGCCGUGCGGUGGGAACUCACAGAUGCGCACGAGCGGGAGCGGCUGUUUGUCUCGCAUGUGAUGAGCGGUGGGGCUGCAGAGACGACUAAUUCCGGCCCGCUGUGGGAUUCUGUAGUGCCAAACACCAGAGAAUAA